AUGUUUACUUUCUUAUCAAAAGGUGAAGCCCAGACCAGAGGGGAAGAUGGUGCAGUGGUUUCUGGUGCGACUUUCAUCAAGCAAAAACGUGAAUAUAAAGAUGAGAAAAAGAGGGUGGCUUCCGAAAUGGCAGCCGCCUUGCGAGAUCCAACUGUCGUUAUCAUGGCUGAUUGGCUGAAGGUUAGGGGGACGCUGCGGAAAUGGAAACGUUACUAUUGUGUACUUGUACCUGGUUUAUUUGUUAUUUAUCGGAAUGAUAAAAUUGAAAAACACGGGCAGUGGAUUGGUUCUAUUUUGCUGAAUAUGUGCAGCCUUAUCGAAAGGCCUUCAAAGAAGAACGGUUUCUGUUUCAAAUUAUUUAAUCCUUCUGAUCGCUAUAUUUGGGCGUCACGUGGGCCGCAUGGAGAAAUAUUUGGAGCACUAACUGUACAUAGACUGCCGGGUUCUUAUAUAAUUUGCAGGGCGGCAUCUGAACAGGCUGGAGGCUGUUGGAUGGACGCUUUGCAGUUGGCGCUUCGUUGUAAUGGUCUUCUUAUGAAAACUAUGCUAUGCUUCAAUAUUUUGCACUCAAAAGAAGACGAUAACGAAAACUACGAACAAGCAAUUAGCGAAACUGAAGCAGAAAAACAUUUUGAUGAACUUAUUGAAAAUCAAUCUCACUCAUUUUGCUCGCAUUGGAUGACUCUGCACUUUUGUACCUUGCCAGUCAGUUUCAUUCAUGGUCCUGAAUUUGCGCAAACAGAGGAUCUGGCGGAUGAAAACAAAAGUUUGAUUUGGAGUUUGCUAAAGCAAGUUCGUCCUGGAAUGGACCUAUCAAGAGUUACUUUGCCGACUUUCAUUUUAGAGCCUCGUUCUUUUCUUGAAAAAUUAGCGGAUUUUUAUUACCAUGUGGACAUACUUAGCAGAGCUGCCGCAGAACAAGACCCUUAUAACAGGGCCUUAAAAGUAAUAACAUUUUACCUGAGCGGAUUUUACAAAAAGCCGAAAGGUUUGAAAAAGCCAUAUAAUCCGAUUCUUGGAGAGACUUUCCGUUGUAAGUGGGAACAUCCAGAUGGAUCAACGACAUUUUAUAUAGCUGAACAAGUAUAUUCAUUUCUUAAAGAAUUUCUCUUUGCGGUUUUUUUUCAAAGGUCAAAUUUAAGGUUUUUUUAUCAAUGCUCUUGCCACUUUAUUCAAAAACCCCCCGAUUGUUCCUUAGCGGGAUUUAACAUCGCAGGGACGAUACUAGCUAAAAGCAAAUAUUACGGAAACAGCAUAUCGGCCAUGAUGAUAGGCAGUCUUCGCAUUACAUUACUCGAUUACGAUGAGACCUAUACCGUUACACUUCCUUAUGCCAAUUGUAAGGGUAUCAUGAUAGGCACACUUUGCAUGGAGUAUGGCGGAGAGGUCAAAAUUGAAUGUAAUAGACAUCCUUACAUAUGCACCUUAGAUUUCAAGUUGAAGCCGUUUCUGGGCGGGUCGUUAAAUGCUAUUAAAGGGACAAUAAGGAGAGGAAAAGAAGUGGUUGCGUUAAUCGGGGGACAUUGGGAUAGUGAAAUUACACUAAACGAGAAUGGUAAAGAGACUGUCUUGUGGGCUCCAUCGCCAGAAAUUGUUAAGCAGCGUUUAACAAGAUUCGAAAUUCCACUGGAGAAUCAAGGAGAAUGGGAGUCAAAAAAAUUGUGGUUGAAAGUUAGCAAUGCUAUCGUAAAGGGCGACCAAGUUGCUGCUACUGUUGAGAAGUCAAUAUUAGAAGAUGCACAGCGUGCUCGUGCUAAGGAGAGAGAUCGUCCACACGAACCGCGACUAUUCAAAUAUUACUCACUUUCGAGAACCUAUGAAUAUCUUCAUGCAGAGUGA